UCUUCAUUUGCACAACAUUGUUUGGACAUGCUGUUGAAAUUCUCUGGGCCUCUUUAUGAUAUGAGAAUGAGAGAAUAUGUUGACAUUUGACUUUCUUCUGUGAAUAUUUGCUUGCUAACCAGUGAUUGUUUGUAGAUUAACCAUGGCAUUUUGUGAUAGGAAACAAAACUGAAGGUGUUUCUGUAGAAUGUUGGGGUCACAAUCACUAAGAAUGAUCUUGCUUUUCAAACUAGUUCGAGUACGUGUUUUUGCUUUUCAAAUACAUUUCAAGCAGUGCUUAGGAAUUAUAUAUGCAUAUCAAUGAGAAUAAUCUUGCUUUAAAAUUUUAUAAACUUUCUGAAAAUGAUACAGAUAAUGCAAGUAGUAGUACCUCAGUUGAGAAUAUAUGCAGAGGAUUCUGUUGAAUGUGGGCCCCCGCAAAAUCAAUUUGUGCUGAUGUGGUGAAAUUGGAAAAUGCUAAAGCAAAAGUGAUUGUAAACAACUUCUUUGGCAGGUGUGCAGAUUACGCAUGCUAUAUUAAAUUAUGCUAUUUAUUUUUCCUCUAAUUGACUCUGCAUUUUGGAUGAAUCAGAAUAAUUCAACUUAUUUGGUGAUGAACAUAUGUUGUUAAUCUUAUCAUGUUUCUCUUCAAAGAAAGAUGCGCUUACUUGAGACGAAAGGCAAGCUCUUGGAUGUUUUAUUUCUCUUGUAAAGUUUUAGCUAGUUCUUGUCAAAUUUUUCAUGGUCUAAAUGAUUUUGAUUUCCUUUAAACAUUGGAUGAAACUGAGACUUCUCUACUGCUUUUUAAACCAUAUAUCUUACAGUUAAUGAUCUUAGGAUCCUUUAUGAAUGUAUAUAUGAUGUUGAAAUCAUCUAAUUAUUUAAUCACCAAAGCUGUAAUACGUUUGGAUCUGACAUUUUUGGCUGUUCCACAGUUUAAAGGUCAUAGAAAGUUUUCUUCAUAGGCCUGGACACCAGACAGUAGGUGAGUAAGUCCAUCUUCUGGAAGUGGGUGUGUGCGUUUUGUUUGGAUUUUGAUCUUACUUUAAUGGCUUGUACUUGUAGCUGAGAAUGGAAUACUAUCUUUUACAUUUUUGAUGUCGUGCAUUUAAUUUAUGCUAUUUGCUAUAGGUUUAAACUUUUUUCUUCCCCUUCAAAACAGAUAUUAUAGGUCUAAGCUUACCCCUUUUUUUUUUUUUCAAAUAAUGUUUUGUACUUCAA